GAACAGGAAAUAGAGCCCACUGAUCAGACAAGUCUCAGUAUUCAUACCAGUUCCAGAUCAACCCCACGUGUGCAAGGUGCACAUGUACUUUAAGACACAAGAACUACAGAUACAAUAUCUACCGUUGACUCUAUGACUGGAGAGUAACCCGGGAGAUCGUUCAACUACAAAGAUGGAGGACAUAGACGCCAUGUUCACUGACCUGCUGGGAGAGAUGGACCUCCUAACACAGAGUCUUGGGUAUGAAACGGACUCCUCAGAAAUAUCAUCCAGCAGUUCACAGAUAGAAAACAACUUCUCUAUUGGGUUCACAGAUUUGAAAGAAUCUCUAAAUGAGCUAGAGGAUCAUGACCUUGACGCUCUGAUGGCUGAUCUGGGGUCAGAUUUGACGGAGACAGAGGAGACACUGAAUGCAGCCCAGACGGGACAUGUCCACACACAACAGCACAAGUCUGGCCUCUACACCCCGCAACAAAAUGUCCAAGCACCUAUCACCUCCUCCUCCUCCUCUCUCCCUCCUGAACCCUCUGAACCACUGCCGGCGGGAGAGGCAGAAGCACAAGCCAGAGCUGACAAAAUCAAGCUGGCGCUGGAGAAGCUAAAAGAAGCCAAAGUUAAGAAGUUGGUGGUCAAGGUGAUGAUGAGCGAUGGCAGCUCCAAGACACUGAUGGUGAACGAGAGACAGACGGUGAGGGACGUGCUGGAUAAUCUGUUUGAGAAGACCCACUGCGACUGCAGCGUGGACUGGAGCCUAUGUGAGACCAACCCUGAGCUGCAGGCUGAAAGGGGGUUUGAAGACCAUGAAUAUCUGGUGGAGCCUCUUUCUGCAUGGACACGAGACAGUGAAAACAAAAUCCUUUUCCUUCUGAGACCCAACAAAUAUCUCCUCUUCAAAGACCCCCAUAUAUUCUACCUAUGGAAGAAACAUAAACAAUUUAUGAAUGAGAUAAAAGAAUGCCAUAAGGAACUUCUGCUAAAGGAACAUUUUGAGGGUCCGUCUGUCAUCGUCCCAGACCUGGAGGGGCCGCUGUAUUUGAGGGAGGACAGGAAGAAAUCGUGGAAACGUCGCUACUUCCUGCUCAGAGCUUCUGGGAUAUACUAUGUGCCUAAAGGAAAGACAAAGACAUCCAGGGACCUGGCGUGCUUCCUUCAGUUUGACAAAGUCAACAUCUACACCACCACUGAUUACAAACAGAAGUACAAAGCACCCACUAACUUCUGCUUCAUCCUCAAGGUAGGACAUCCACUUCAGAGGAAACAAUAGCAUGAUGGUUAUUCA